AUGGGCGAGGGCGCGUCGAUAUACAACUGCGCCCUGUGCGACUCGUACGCGCUCGUGACGCUCGGGAUCCUCCCCGAGAGAAAGCUCGCGCGCGGGCCGAACGGGCUCGCGCGAUACGAAGACCUCCUCGAGGCGUUCCAGGACGCGCGCUGCGUCGCGUCGGCGUUGCUGCUCGCGUGCCCGACGUGCAACGCGCUCGCGCGCGCGACCGAGGAGGGAGCGUCGGCGAAACCCGGCGCGGACCAAGUCGAGGACGGCGACUUCCUGCGCGACGGCCUCGCGGUCCUGACCCCGUGCUUCCUCGUGAGCUUCGAGGACGGCCAGCCGCCGCCGGUGUACGUCGACGAGAACGCCGCCAAGGGGGGCAUCAAACCGAGGUACAGACUCGUCCAGGGCGUCGGCCCGGCGGGACUCGAGCUCGACCGCUCGCGCACGGGGAGGCUGCACAAGCCGAGCCUGCGGCCGUUCGGGAUCGACGUCCGGCCGCUAUCGCUCGACGACGACGCGGCGGCGACGCGCGAGACGAUGAGCGAGGCGUGUUUGUUCGCCGAGGCGUUGACGUCGUGCGCCGGCGGCGACGCGGCGGCGAGCGUCGUGCGUCGUGCGGGGUGGGUGCGAGGAGGGGACCCGCCGAGGCCGGCGCUGGAGCGGUGGGGGGAGAUAAGGGAGGCGACGGAGCGGGAGAUGGACGAGGACGCGCGGGAGUACGUCCGAGCGCGACGCGUCGUCGGCGGUUUAGAGUACGAAGCGCGGCGGGCGCGGGGACAUCUUUAA